AUGGCCGGAGAUUCUAGGAUCUUCAUGAACCAGGACAUGGACAUUGGAGUCACAUCCAGAGAGCCUAAGAAGAUUCCCAAGCAGGCUCGGGAUGAUGUCCCCAUCGCCACCGACCGGACCCGCCUCAUCUCAGCAGAAGGGAAGAAGCCACGUCAGCGUUACAUGGAGAAAAGUGGGAAGUGCAACGUGCACCACGGAAAUGUCCAGGAGACCUACAGGUACCUCAGUGACCUCUUCACUACUCUGGUGGACCUCAAGUGGCGUUUUAAUCUUCUUGUCUUCACUAUGGUCUAUACCAUCACUUGGUUGUUUUUUGGGUUCAUAUGGUGGCUCAUUGCCUAUAUCCGGGGAGACCUGGACCACCUUGAAGAUGAGAACUGGAUCCCCUGUGUUGAAAAUCUCAGUGGAUUUGUUUCUGCAUUUCUGUUUUCUAUCGAAACUGAGACAACCAUUGGGUAUGGCUACAGGGUCAUCACGGAGAAGUGCCCAGAAGGCAUCAUACUGCUCCUGAUCCAGGCUAUCCUGGGCUCCAUUGUCAACGCGUUUAUGGUGGGGUGCAUGUUUGUCAAGAUCAGCCAACCAAAGAAGAGGGCUGAAACCCUCAUGUUUUCUAACAACGCGGUGAUUUCCAUGAGGGAUGAGAAGCUCUGUCUCAUGUUCCGGGUUGGAGACCUCCGCAAUUCCCACAUUGUUGAGGCUUCCAUUAGAGCCAAACUGAUUAAGUCCAAACAGACCAAAGAAGGAGAGUUUAUCCCUUUGAACCAAACAGACAUCAACGUGGGAUUUGACACUGGAGAUGACAGAUUGUUCCUGGUGUCACCUCUUAUCAUCUCACAUGAAAUCAAUGAGAAAAGCCCCUUCUGGGAGAUGUCCCGCACCCAACUGGAGAAGGAGGAGUUUGAAAUUGUGGUCAUCCUGGAAGGGAUGGUGGAAGCAACAGGGAUGACUUGCCAGGCUCGCAGCUCCUACAUGGACACCGAGGUGCUGUGGGGCCAUCGCUUCACCCCUGUCCUCACCCUGGAGAAGGAUUUUUAUGAAGUCGACUACAACAGCUUCCACAGCACCUACGAAACCAACACCCCCGUGUGCUGUGCCAAAGAGCUGGCUGAGUCCCGGCGGGAGGGCCAGCUCCUCAGCCACCUCCCCACUGCCCCCCUCCUGAGCACGGGCAGAGAAAUGGGGACACCCAAAGGGGAGGAAGAGGAAGAAGAAGGCAGGGAGCCAGUGGGACUGAUCGGAGCCAACGGGACGGCAGGGGAGGUGAAGGAAGAUCUGCCAGUAUAA